AUGCUCUCUUACAUAAAAGAUGCGUGUUGUUUGAGGAUAUUAAGAGGAGCCAGUUAUGCAAAUAACAUUGUUAUUCAUCGUCCAGAAGUGUCAUUGGAUACAUCAAGAAUGGGACAGGAUGUUGUUGUUGUUAAAAAUGGGCGACGACUCUGUGGGACCGGCGGUGCAAUUUCUAAUGCACCCAUAGUUCAAAAUAAAGCUUACUUUGAAGUGAAAUUGCAAACACAAGGGGUCUGGGGUGUCGGUCUAGGAACUCGACGAGUAAAUUUAAGUAAAGUUCCACUUGGCUAUGAUUCAGAUAGUUGGAUAUUGCAACAUUCAGGUGAAAUCAAACAUGAUAGUAAAUUAUUAGGACAGAUUAAAACGCCUAUUGAAGAAGGUGAUGUAAUUGGUUUUGCUUAUGAUCAUGAACUAUUUCGUAUAUUUAUAAAUGGGCAAGAGCAAGAGCCUGCCGUGCGUAUUUCAACUCGUACUACAGUAUUUCCUGUGUUCUACGUUGACGAAGGUGCAAUACUUGACAUUCAGUUUGGAACAUUUUAUUAUCCACCUCCUGAGGGAGGAUUUGAUCGUAUUUUACUAGAAAAAUCAUUAUUAUAA